AUGUUGGCAAGAUCUGCAAGAUUCUCCAACACAAGACUAGCCAGGCUCUUGCCCAGUGCUAGAUUCUCCACAUCCAUAAGAACACUCGAUGCCGUGGUUGUUUCGGGUUCUAAAUUGGCCAAGUCAAUUAAGGAGCAAAUUGCCCAAAAGGUAAUUGAAUACAACAGAGAACAUGCACUUGCAACCAAUAUGCCUAUUCUCAACGAAGCCGUGGACUUCGACCUGCUCAAGUUCAAACCUCACUUGACCAUCAUCCAAGUGGGAAGUAGACCUGACUCCAGUGCUUAUGUGCGCUCGAAGCUCAAGGCUGCCAAGUCUGCUAACAUCUCGUCCAGAUUGCUCAAAUUCGACGAAGAUUUGCCUGAAGAGACUCUUCUUGAGGAAAUUGACAGACUCAACAAGGACCCCAAGGUCAAUGGAGUGUUGAUCCAGCUUCCAUUGCCCAAGCACAUCGACGAGACACUUGUGACCAAUUCCGUGGCCACCGAGAAGGACGUCGAUGGAUUUGACAGAUAUAACGCUGGUGAGCUUUCCAAAAGAGGUGGUAAGCCAAUGUUCAAGCCAUGUACACCAAACGGUAUCAUUGAAUUGAUCAAAAACACCGGAAUCGAGUUGCUGGGCAAAAAUGCUGUUGUUUUGGGCCGUUCGGACAUUGUUGGAACCCCAGUCGCUGCCAUGUUGAGAAACGAAGACUGUACGGUCACCAUCUGCCACCGUAGAACCAAGGACUUGCCUUCAGUGGUAGCCAAUGCCGAUAUUGUUAUUGCUGCCGUCGGAAUUCCUGAAUACGUCAAGGGCGAGUGGGUUAAGGAGGGUGCCGUGGUGAUUGACGUCGGUAUCAACUAUAAAGACGACCCGACCGCUAAAAACGGCAGAAAGCUUGUUGGAGACGUUGACUACGAGGAGGUUGCAAAGAAGGCCUCCUACAUCACCCCAGUUCCAGGAGGAGUUGGUCCAAUGACCGUUGCCAUGCUCUGUUCCAACGUUUAUGAUGCAGCAGUUGCACAGGCUAAGAAGGCUCACGACCACCAGUUCAAGCCAUUGCAUCUUGAGUUGCAGCGUCCUGUUCCGCUGGAUAUUGCCAUUUCCAGAGCACAGACCCCAAAGAAAAUCACCAAGGUUGCUCAGGAACUCGGUAUUUUGGAGAGGGAGCUCGAACCUUAUGGACACUUCAAGGCUAAGGUUGACCCUAAACUUGUUCAAGAAAGAUUGGACGAGCAGGCCGAGGGAUCUAGUGAUGAGAGAGGUCACUUUGUCCUUGUGGCUGGUAUCACUCCAACACCUUUGGGUGAAGGUAAGUCCACCACCACCAUUGGUUUGACUCAGGCCAUGGGUGGCCACUUGGGUUUCAACUCUAUUGCCAACGUGCGUCAGCCAUCUAUGGGUCCAACAUUCGGUGUCAAGGGUGGUGCUGCUGGUGGUGGUUACGCCCAAGUUAUUCCUAUGGAUGAGUUCAACAUGCACUUGACUGGAGACAUUCAUGCCAUCGGUGCGGCCCAGAACCUCUUAUGUGCUGCUGUGGACACCAGAAUGUUCCACGAGCACACUUCAAAGACUGUCAAGGGUUUCUACAAGCGUUUGGUUCCAGCCAAGAAGGGAAAGAGAACCUUCACCAAGCAGAUGUUGGCUAGAUUGAACAAGUUGGGCAUUAACAAGACCAACCCAGAUGACUUGACCGAUGCUGAGAUCCAAGAGUUCGCUAUGCUCAACAUCGACCCUGAGUCUGUCACCAUCAAGAGAGUCGUGGACUGCAACGACCGUUUCGUGCGUGAGAUCACCCUUGGUCAAGGUAAGAACGAGGCUUCGAAGUACCCACCACGUACCUCUGGUUUUGACAUCACCGUUGCUUCGGAGAUCAUGGCCAUUUUGGCCUUGUCGACCUCGCUCAAGGAUUUGAGAGAGAGAGUUGGAAGAAUCGUUGUGGGAACUCAAAAGGAAACCGGUGUUGCCAUCACUGCCGAGGAUAUUGGAUGUGCUGGAGCCAUCACUGCUCUUUUGAAGGAUGCCAUCAAGCCAAACAUGAUGCAAACUUUAGAAGGUACUCCUGUUUUCGUUCAUGCUGGUCCAUUUGCCAACAUCUCCAUUGGAGCUUCGUCCGUCAUCGCUGACAAAUUGGCAUUGAAGUUGACCUCGCCUACCAACCCUAUCAACAACGGUAAGAAGGGUUUCGUUAUCACUGAGGCCGGUUUCGACUUCACCAUGGGUGGAGAGCGUUUCUUCAACAUUAAGUGCAGAGCCCUGGGUGUCUCGCCAGAUACCGUUGUUCUCGUGGCCACCUCCAGAGCUUUGAAGUUGCACGGUGGAGCAUCGGACGUGAAGCCAGGUCAGGAGUUGCCGGAGGAGUACACUACAGAAAACUUGGAGUUCUUGAGAAAAGGAUGUGCUAAUCUUGCCAAGCAGAUCGCUAACAUCAAGCAGUACAACGUUCCUGUGGUUGUGGCCAUCAACGAGUUUGAGACCGACACCAAGAACGAGCUUUUGUUGAUCCAGGAAGAGGCAUUGAAGGCUGGUGCCGACUUUGCUGUUCCUUCCAACCACUGGGCUCAAGGUGGAUCCGGAGCCUUGCAAUUGGCCGAGGCCGUGGCUACCGCUGCUACCCAGAACAAGGCUGAGGGUCAGACCUUCUUGUAUGAUGUCAACGACACUGUUGAGAAUAAGUUGUUGACCAUCGCUUCCAAAAUGUAUGGUGCUAAGGACAUCGAGUUGUCUCCAUUGGCCAAGAAGCAGAUUGAGACCUACACCCAGCAAGGCUUUGACAAGUUGCCUAUCUGUAUCGCAAAGACACAGUACUCGUUGUCUCACGAUCCAGCAUUGAAGGGUGUGCCAACUGGAUUCACUGUUCCUAUCCGUGAGGUGAGAUGUAGUGCUGGUGCUGGGUACUUGUACGCAUUGGCUGCCGAGAUCAUGACCAUUCCAGGAUUGCCUACGCAUGCUGGAUACAUGAACGUCGAGGUGAACGACGACGGAGAGAUCGAGGGGUUGUUCUAG